AUGCACCAGCCUGCAACCAUAGAGUCCUUAAUGCAACGGAUCAACGAACACAUCCGUGUGGAGGAUGAUGCCGCCUCCGCAACCGAGAAGGCUAAUCCGGUCGCGGCGGAUAGAAGAAUGGCGGGGAAGGUUCACUUGGUGGGGCAGGAGGACAACCGCCGAAGCGACCGGUCAAAAGAUCAACGUCGUGGCUCAAACCGCGAUGAUAGAAGCAAAGGUCGCAAAAACGACCGAGCUAACGCUUCUCGUGAUGAAGAGGAAGAUGCCAAGAGAAAAUUGAAAGCGCGAACAAGUAUUACCACGAGAGGCUUCAACUCAAGAUAUCGCUGCACCUUCCACGAGGAACGGGGGCACCAAACGGAGGAUUGCUUGUCGCUCAAACAACAUUUGGAGGAGCUGGUGGCGGCGGGACAUCUGGACCAAUACAUAGAUGGGGGUAUGAAAGCCGCUCCACUGGGACAAACCGAGCCAAACGGCCUAGGCGCCCUGAACGCAGCGUCGCAAGGCGUAAUCAACGUCAUCCAUGGCAUCAUUGAACUGGCAUGGGUCUGCGAGCUGAGGGGGAUGAUCAAGAAAGCCGAGCACAUGAGGGAGGUGCUCUCCGUUCAGCCCGCUGUGAAGAAAGGAAAGACUGAAGAAAAAGAUAUCCUUACAUUUUCAAGUAAGGACUUGGAGAGAAUUCAAGUGCCCCACAAUGACGCCCUAGUAGUGACUCUUCGUGUCAAAGACUUCGACAUCAAAAGAAUUGACCAGAGGAGUUCAGUUGAAAUCAUGUAUUAUGACGCGUUCAAACAAAUGAAGUUGGAGGACAAGGACUUAGCCCCUGCAACGUCUCCUUUGGUUGGCUUCAAUUCUUAA